AUGGACCAGCGCCUUGGAGAGAGCUGGGACGCGGACAGCGUCCUGCUCUGGUGCCCAGUUCAGCUCUGGCGUUUCGGGAUCGACAAGACGAUGCUCGCCAGCCUGAAGAUCAAGCCCGUCUCAACCCGGAGAGCACAAGCAGCCGUCCGGAGACCCUACAGCAGUACGGGCAGCGUGCACGGGGAGCUGGGACGGAACCCGUACCCCGCUGCCCAGCAUCCCUUGGGCACGGGUGCCAGCAGCCAGCGGGACCUCCCGCCCACGGGCGUUGUGCCCUCCGCUUCCCAGAGCCCCGGCACCCUUGAUCCAGGUCUCUUCUUCCCGGUGGCUGAUGAGGUUGCACAGCAUGAGUCUGCAGAAUUCUUCGAAAUGCUGGAAAAAAUGCAGGCACCGAAACUUGAAGAACAGAGGACUGCAAGCCAAAAACAUAAGGAAGACUACAUCCCGUACCCCAGCAUCGAUGAGGCCUUCUGCGACGAUGCCUCCGGGCUGAAGUUUAACCCAGUUCUGUACCCCAAGGCGUCGCAGAUGAUAGUGGCGUAUGAUGAACACGAGGUCAACAACACGUUCAAGUUCGGUGUGAUCUAUCAGAAGUUCCGGCAGGUGCGUGACCGCCGUGCCGCUCUCGGGGAGCACAGCCCCGCUCGCUCUGCGGCUGCGCCUCGCGACUGCCGGUUUGGCCCCGCAGUCGGUUCUGUCACGUGCCACACGUCGUGUCGCUGGGUGUCCUCCCUGACACUCCAGAGGAAGAGGCACAUUGGCAAUGACAUCGUGGCAAUCAUCUUCCAAGAAGAGAACACGCCGUUUGUCCCAGACAUGAUCGCCUCCAACUUCUUGCACGCCUACAUCGUGGUGCAGGUGGAAAGCCCCGAGGCAGACAGCACGGCGUACAGGGUGUCUGUCACGGCCCGGGAAGACGUCCCCUCCUUCGGCCCCCCCCUGCCGAGCCCGCCAGUGUUCCAGAAGGUAGGAGCUGAGACGGGAAGCAUGUUCCAAGCCCUAAGCAAAAUCUUGGUGGGCAGCCAGAAGAAGCACCACGGCGGCGGCAUCCCGGGCAGCCUCAGCGGGGGCAUCGCGCACAACAGCGGAGAGGUGACCAAGACCACCUUCUCGCCCCCCGUACCAGCAGCUGCUGCCAAGAACCAGUCCCGGAGCCCCAUCAAGCGCCGUUCAGGGCUGUUCCCUCGCCUGCACACGGGCUCUGAGAGCCAGGCGGAGAGCAGGACGAGGUGCGACAGUGUUUCUGGAGCCCAGAAGACACCAGAUUUGGGACAUUCUUCUCAAGAGAUGAAAUCUGAAACCUCGUCCAACCCCAGCUCCCCUGAAAUCUGCCCCAACAAAGACAGGCCGUUCAUUAAGCUGAAAGAGAACGGGAGGACAAACAUCUCCCGCUCCUCCUCGAGCACCAGCAGCUUCAGCAGCACGGCGGGCGAGAGCGAGACCCUGGAGGAGUACGACAGCGUGGGAAGCCAGCCGUCCACGGCCUCGCCGUUCAAGCAGGACGUCUUCGUCUACAGCGCCUCGCCCGGCAGCGAGAGCCCCCCCCCCCCAGCCUUGCCUGGGCUGCAGGCAGCUGCUGAAGCAGAUAUAAAGAACAGAAACUCUCCAAGGUCAAACCUGAAGUUUCGCUUCGACAAGCUCAGCCACGGCAGCUCCUACGAGGAUUAUGAAUUCUGCAAGGUGACUUCCCUGUAA